ACAGCAAUUGACGACGUGCUUUCAAUAAGCCGCAGAUAGCCCGUGCGAAACCUAUAUACGUCGACAAAAUCGGCGAACGGCUUUGAAAAUGGAACCUACUGGAACACGCAAGUUAUGGGCCUUGUAGAAUGUUGCUCUUGGUAACAUUGGUUAACCGUAAAGAUAAAUGAACCAUACGUCGCGUAAUAUUAUGGUUCAUUUUUAAUUAUAUAUUUUGCACACUACAUAUUAAUUGUAUUUAAAUCGGAAUAAUUUGAUAACCAAUGAUAGGAAAUCCCUUCGUUGGACAUAUUUUUAUUGCGGCUAUGAUUUCUACAGUCAAAAAUGGCACAAUAAGGUAUAUUUGUAUUUUUUUAAAAGAUAAUUAUGCUUCACUUGACUUCAAAAGACUGGUCUCACUUGAGCCUCGAGUAGGUUUGUUUAUUUGUACAUUUGUACACAAUAGUGGCGACAGGGUAACGCCCACAUGCUACUUCCACUAGUUUUUUCUGUUCCGUGAUCAGAUCAAACACUCUAAAUCACAAUCUGUUAAGUUGUAAAAUUUUCCAAAAAUAAAUGUUGUAAUAUGUUGUUAAAUAUGUCAAUAAUAUAUUUCAUCUUACAGUUGAAGCAUAUAUCAAACACAAAAGUAAAAAAAAUAUCUUAAUGCAACAAUACAAUCAAUCUGAUGAUUUGAAGAAAAAUAAUAGAAAACAUACUGGUGACAAGCCACAUUUUUGUAAUGAAUGUGGUAAGAGCUUCGAUCAUUCAAGUGCAUUGAAGGUACACAAAAGAAUUCAUACAGGUGAAAAGCCAUAUUCUUGUAAAGUAUGUGGUAAGAGCUUCAAUCAAUCAGGUCCGUUGAAGAGACACAAUAGAAUACACACUGGUGAAAAACCAUAUUCUUGUAAUGAAUGUGAUAAGAGCUUCUAUCUAUCAGGUGACUUAGAGAUACACAAUAGAAUACAUACUGGUGAAAAGCCAUAUUCUUGUAAAGUAUGUGGUAAGAGCUUCAGUUAUUCAAGUGAUUUGAAGAGACACAAUAAAAUACACACCGGCGAAAAGCCAUAUUCGUGUAAAGUAUGUGGUAAGAGCUUCAAUCAAUCAGGUGCGUUGAAGAUACACGAUAGAAUACACACUGGUGAAAAGCCGUAUUCCUGUAAAGUAUGUGGUAAAAGCUUCAAUCAAUCAAGUAAUUUUAUUAAACACAAUAGUUUUCAUACUGGUGAAAAGCCAUAUUCUUGUAAUGACUGUGGUAAGAGCUUCACUAUAUCAACUGAUUUGAAGAUACACAAAAGAAUUCACACAGAUGAAAAGCCAUAUUUUUGUAAAGUAUGUGGUGAGAGCUUCAAUCAAUCAGGUGCGUUGAAGAAACAUAAUAGAAUACACACUGGUGAAAAACCAUAUUCUUGUAAUGAAUGUGGUAAGAGCUUCUAUCUAUCAGGUGACUUAGAGAAACACAAUAGAAUACAUACUGGUGAAAAGCCAUAUUCUUGUAAAGUAUGUGGUAAGUGCUUCAGUUAUUUAAGUGAUUUGAAGAGACACAAUAAAAUACACACUGGCGAAAAGCCAUAUUCUUGUAAAGUAUGUGGUAAGAGCUUCAAUCAAUCAGGUGCGUUGAAGAUACACGAUAGAAUACACACAGGUGAAAAGCCGUAUUCCUGUAAAGUAUGUGGUAAAAGCUUCAAUCAAUCAAGUAAUUUUAUUAGACACAAUAGUUUUCAUACUAGUGAAAAGCUAUAUUCUUGUAAUGACUGUGGUAAGAGCUUCACUAUAUCAAAUGAUUUGAAGAUACACAAAAGAAUUCACACAGAUGAAAAGCCAUAUUCUUGUAAAGUAUGUGGUAAGAGCUUCAAUCAAUCAGGUGCGUUGAAGAGACACAAAAGAAUACACACUGGUGAAAAGCCAUAUUCUUGCAAUGAUGUGGUAAAAGCUUCAAUCAAGCAAGUGUGUUGAAGAUAAACAAUAUAAUACACACUGCUAAAAAACCAUGUUGUAAUGACUGUGGUAAGAGCUUUACUCAAUCAAGUGAUUUGAAGAUACACAAUAGAUUUCAUACUGGUGAAAAGCCAUAUUCUUGUAAAGUAUGUGGU